GUGUCAAGGUCCUGAAGAACUGAAGAGGAAAUUAUCUGCAGCACAAAACUACCACUGAAACCCAGACAAGACACCAGCUUUCAGAAGAUCUGCAAACGCCAACUGGGACUCAACCUCCGCUACUGCUCCUGGAGCAGUUAGGGUUAGUCUUCCUCUUCAUAAACCCACAAUGUGUAAAAUACACACUCGCACAUGAAAACACUGUGACUCAGAAGGUGUUUAGUUUUCCGGUGCAACCCAAAUACACCUAGUAGAUCAGUCGGAGUUUGCAGUUAGGCAGCACAUCCGAAGCCAUUUGGCUUUAACAUGUGUAGCAUUUUUUAUGAGCAUUACAUGAGUGCAAGCCCCCUUGGGCAUAAAUUCGACAAAACCGCUGUAACAACAUGCUGCGUGUACUGACUAAUGUGUGCAUUUGUGUGCUGGAGAGGUUUGAGAACAUGUUAGAUUUGGACAUAUCACAGUGUCUGGUGACGUAACCUUCGUCAAGAACGUCACUCUCAAGGUAAUCAUUGGAGCCUCUGACUAAAGGACUCUGGGACCAUGAAAUUGUCCUCUUAUGCAAACACACCCUUGAUACACUAACAAACUCUUUAUUGUAGAGGUGUGGAUAAGAUGUUUCAUAGUGCAUACAGUAGAUAGCAUGUUUACCUCCCGCAGCAUGCAUACAUACAUGAUUACGAUAAUCCAUCUCAUCUAUUUGAAUUACUACCUCCACAUGUUUCAACAGAGCUACCAUCCCCGCGUCCUGAGAGAGACUCUACGACCUUUCCCUGUAAAUGUCGACCUCAAGGACGGAGUGAGCUAGUACCCUCCUGGUCAUGGAGAUGUCUACAACUCCCUCAAGAGGAGCGGACUCCUGGAAAGGUUCCUGGAGGAGGGCAAGGAGUUCAUCUUCAUCUACCUGGGAGCCACCGUAGACCUCGGUAUCCUCAACUUUCUACUGCAUCCUCCGAAGGACUCGGUGCCAGCAGAGUUUGUGAUGGAGGUGACAAACAAGACAAGGUUGGACGUGAAGGGAGGCACUCUCAUUAACUACGAGGGAAACCUACACCUCCUGGAGUUUGCUCAGGCUGCGAAGGACACGUGGACGCGUUCAAGUCCAUCAGAGAUUCAAGUGUCACACCAACAACCUGUGGGGGAGUCUGAGAGGCCACAUACUGCCUGUACGAGGCUGGACGAGCGACCUGAGGGUGGAGUCAGCGUCAACAGGAAGAGUCUGGAUGGAGGAUGUGAAUGUGCUCAACUGAGACAUGCUGCUGCGUGCUGCUAUCAAGAACUUCAAUGGAGCAGUCGGUAUCAAUGUUCCUCGGAGUCGUUUCCUGCCAGUGAAGAAGACGUCGGAUCUGCUGGUGGUCAUGUCCAACCUGUUCCAGCUGAGAGACGGGACUCUGGUCCAGAACCCAGCCCGGCUCUACCCCGAACUACCCCUCGUCAAACUCGGAGAACACUUCUUCAUGAAGGUUCGUGAGAUGCUGGAGAGGUUUGAGAACAUUCCAGACAUGUUAGAGUUGGACCAUCUCACAGUGUCUGGUGACGUCACCUUCGGAAAAAACGUCACUCUCAAGGGCACAGUAAUCAUCAUUGCUAAUCACGGGGACAGGAUCGACAUCCCCUCUGGAGCCAUGCUAGAGAACAAGAUAGUGUCAGGAAACCUCCGGAUCUUGGACCACUAGAUUUUACUUUUCCUUGUCAUUAUUGUGUAUAACAUCAAGAAGUUUAUUUGUGACUUGGUGCAAGUGGUUUUUAGAGCUGUGAGGAGAUGUGAAUGCCAACCAAAUGUUAGCUAAGCACAUGGACGUUAGAUUCGUACAAUAGCCUGAGUUCAACUCAGAUUCGUCUCUAUUCUGCUCUUAAGUUGUUGACACCUGAGAACAGAACC